UUUAACUUAUUAUCAACUUAUCGUUUAAGCAAUAAUUAUGCAUUUAUGCCAUAAUGCUACAUUUAACUUUUUAAAUGGUCUAGAACUUGCAGCUUACGAUUUACAAUUUGAAUUUAUGUUCAAAAAUUUCGCUUGUGUAUAACAAGUAGUGAAUAGUUGGACAAUCGCUUACACUUGGGAAGUUUACGGUAAAUGGAAUCAGAGUUUUUUUUACUGUUAAGCAAUUAUGAAUAUUAUAAUGUCAGACAACAGACUUGUGUUGAAGUCUUCAGUACAAGAAUCAUUGAAACACUCGUGCAUAGAAUAUUGUGUAGAAAAACGAGAAAAAUGUUCUAAUACAGAAUACCUCAUCAUUAUGAUGUCAUUACUUUUAGCAGCAUAUUCAUAUUUAAUAAAUCCUACAGUAUUAAUUUCAAAGACUGUUUUCAUUAUUGCAAUCGUCUUGUUCAUAAUCGGGUUAAGGUUUAGUUUUAAAGUUUACAACGAAUCAUUACUCAUAACAGCACCCAUUGGAUUACAGUUGACCACAACUUACAUGACUGGACAUCAAAGAGUGUUUUCUAUACCUUGGCAUAGUAUUACUGAUGUACUCAUUGUUGACGUCAUUCACACUCAACAAGUAUUGUAUUACUUGGCAAUUAAAACACCACAAAAUGGAAUAGUUACAUUGUUUCAGAAAAGUGCACCAAGGUUACAUUUUUUAGAAAUAAUAUACAAGGAUGUUUACAAACUAUUAGAAAAUAACAGAUGAACUGACUUUGUGGAUA